CCAUUGCCUGUAGGGGAAAGAAGAGCAGCAGAGCAAAGGACAGGAGGCUGCAGCUGGGGUGAGGCCAACUCUCCAUGGGGCUGCAGAGAAAUCUGCGCUUCCCUGAGGAUCCAGACAGCCAGAGCAGCCUGGGCAUGGAUUCUUUGAUCACCCCAGCUCGGAGACAAAUCGCAGACUUGCCAGAGGGUUUUGGCCAUGUAGGGGCUUCCUCUCCUAUCCGCCAGCCUGGGCCACGCACUGGAUGGGGGGCAGCAUCUCAGCCAGCUCAUCCUGGCUCACUGGCAAUAGAGGAGGGGUCUCGUGUGUGUGCAGCCCCACGCUCAGUGGGUGGCAGGAGAGGUGACCUCCACACCCCGCUGCACUUGCUGCCUCGUGGCGGGCCCGAUCCUGCUGCCCACGCACGGCACAGAUACAGAAAUAAAGAUUUGAGCUCUGCACGCACUUGCCAGCGUCCUGACUGUGCGCCAGGGGACAGGGGCACGGGGGUGGCACAGAGCAGAGACUGUCCCUGUGCUCAGCAUCGCCCCAGGGGUAGCUGCUGGGAGCUCAGGCAGGCAUUACCCGGGGAGGUGGGUGACAAUGCAGAUGCUGCAUCCUUUUUGCACCCAGGAUGGUAACAGGGGAGGCUCGGGGGGCAGAAGUCCCCUUGAGUUUGGGGUCAGAGGGGCUGGGCAGCUGCUGGGGGGUGGCACAGGGGUUGUGGGUUCAGCCUUGCCACCCUCCCAGGGGCUCACCGUGCGCUCUCCACAGCUCCUGGCUGCCUGGGAAGGCUUCUGCUCCCCCCAGCUGGCUCUGGGAUGCACUCACCUGUACAGGGACACACCUCUAGGGGUGGCCUUGGGGCCUGGGAACGUCCAGCUGGGACGUGCGCCUUCCAGGGACGUGUCACAGCCACGCAGAGGAACAGCCCUGGUGCCAAGCAGAUCUGCAACAGGCCUGGGGACGCGGCCAUCUCCCACAGCCCAGGCACCGGCACCCAUCUCAGCCCCAUCUGUGUGCCAGCAAAUAGCCCGAGCGGUAAACGUGCCCCCAUCACGGCCCUACAGGACCCUCCCUCUCUGUAGCAUCAGCGAGAAACCACACAGCUCAUCCCAGCAGUGGCCCUGCUGCUUUUCUGCAGCCGUCGACCCCAGGGCCACUUGGGCACGGCACGCACAGGCCUGGCACAGCACCGCUGCCCGCAGCUGGGACGAGGCACGACGGGGACCUUGCCCUGCCUGGCCACGAGCCACGCAGCUCCCAGCUGCUAUAAAGCCCGUGGGCCCUGAGACACGGCCGUGUCCUCCCAGGAUGGCGUUUCUCUGGGCAGUUGCCUGCCUGGCCCUCGCCAGCGCCGUCUCAGGUAAGCGCAGCCACGCACCCAGCGGGGUGGCACCGUGCCACCCUCUGCUCCCCCGGGCACAGCACCCGAGGUGCCAGCAGGUCCUGGGGGACAGUAGCACAGAGCAGGGGUGCACCCCCUGGGCACAAACCCCGAGCGGGGUGCUGUGCCCGGCCACCCUCGUGCCCCUGAGCCUCCUCCGCAGGCUGCGGGGUGCCCUCGAUCAGCCCCUCGGUGCAGUACAACGAGAGGAUCAUCAACGGGCAGAAUGCGGUGUCCGGCUCCUGGCCCUGGCAGGUGUCCCUGCAGGUUCGUCCCCAUCCCGUGGGUCAGGACGUGGGCAGGCACCCGAGGGGACCCGCACCUCACUGCCUGUCCCCAGGCUUGGGCACAGCCCCAGCUCUGCUCCCCGUUUCCCUCCCCAGACCCGUACGGGAUCCCACUUCUGCGGCGGCUCCCUGAUCAACGAGUACUGGGUGGUCACGGCUGCCCACUGCGAAUUCAACCCCUACUCCCACGUUGUCGUCCUCGGGGAGUAUGACCGCUACUCCGGGUCGGAGGCCGUGCAGGUGAAGACCGUGACGAAGGCCGUCACGCACCCCAACUGGGACUCCUACAACCUCAAUAACGACAUCACCCUGCUGAAGCUCUCCUCGCCUGCCCAGCUGGGGCCUCGCGUGGCCCCCGUCUGCCUGGCCCCAGCCAACCUGGCCCUGCCCAGCGACCUGCAGUGCGUCACCACCGGCUGGGGACGCACCAACACCAACUCCAACGCCUUGGCGGUGCGCCUGCAGCAGGUGACCCUGCCCCUGGUCUCCCAGAGCCAGUGCAUGCAGUACUGGGGCAGCAGCAUCACCAGCUCCAUGCUGUGCGCCGGGGGGGUCGGCGCCUCCUCCUGCCAGGUGAGGAGCUGGAUCCGUGAGGAUUUGGGGGCUGUGGUACCUGGGGAGCCUGAGAUCGAGCAUCCGGGGUGGCUGGGACGGGUUCGGAGCGAGGUCCCGGGACCUUGGCAGCAGCAGGAUGGGGGCGCAGCGAGGUGGGGGCUUUUUCUCUCCGCAGGGUGACUCCGGGGGCCCGCUCGUGUACCAGAACGGCAACGUCUGGACCCUGAUCGGCAUCGUC